UCGUCUGUCAGGGAUAGGUUGAAAAAAGAUGCUGCGUGAACGAACACACCAGCAGCAGCAGCAGCGUCGUGAAAAAUGCAGACAAAAAGUGUAGCUUAAGAACUGAGAUUCAAGGACAAUGUUCAAGGAUCGCUCGCAUCUGCUCUCGUGAUUCGGUUGCGAUUCUUCGUCGAGUGCACCCUAGCUUACAGGUAUGGUUGGUGGUGGCAUUGCAUUGUUUGUUUCCGUGCAGAGCUUUAUGCUAUCGAUUACACCGGUCAACAGGAAUUGAGAGAGCUCAUAUCGCCAGGGCUUGAGGGAAUAAAGCCGGAAGCUAGCUAGGUGUCCUUCACAAAUGUUAUCCGUAGAAUCGGUUUGUGUUUAAGCUGAAGUACAGCGCGAUAGAGACAACAGACAAAACAUCACGCCAAGAUGGAUAUGGUACCAGAACAGGAACCAGAACCGGCCGUGGAUGAUGAUCCGGUAGAUGUCCCGAAUAAAGACCCGGAGUCGUACUGCCGGUUUUGUUUCUCGGAGAACGAAAUUGAACCACUCUUUUCGGCGACUGGAGCCCAGGCAAAUACCGAACUGUUGCAACGAAUAAACGACUGCUUAGGCAUCAAGCUGACCAGGAAGGACUACUGCCCCAGCAGUAUCUGCUGGUCGUGUACGCUCACGAUGGAGGAGUUUCAGUGUUUUCGCAAACGGUGCUUGAAAUUUGACGCGCUCGUACGAAGCCUGCGGCCGGUGGUGAAAUCCGAACCCGGCUACAGCGGAACCACCACGCCGACCGAGUUCCUGCAGAAAGGGCAUACAGCAGGCGUGAAGCAGCAGGCUGCUGGGAAGGCUGUUCGGCAGGAUAAGGGCAAAGGCGCCGCUGCGGGUGUAUCGAGCGAGUUGACAUUCAAGUGCCAGUACUGUCCACGAAGCUUCAAGCACCGAAUGUAUCUAGAUCAGCAUCUUUGGAAGCACCGGGAUAGGAUUGCGCUGGAAAAGGGAUUUUUUCCGGGGCCGAAAAAAUCACACCUCAACGGAAACGAAAGCUCGAAAACGACAGCCAAGAGUGUGCCGGCGGCAGAAACGGUACCGGUGGUCGCUGGUGCUGCUGCUGCUGCUGCUCCUACACCACCACCUGCUACCGGUCCUACAGCCGAUCGGCCGAUUAGCUGUGAGUAUUGUCCACGGAAAUUCACCCGCAAGAUGUACUACAUGCAACAUCUCCGUCGGCACAAGCCCGACGAACGGUUGUUUCGAUGCCGACACUGUCCGCGCAGCUUUACAUCGCACCUGAGACGGGUUGGGCACGAGCGAAAGAUACAUCUAACCAACCCGAAGCCCGAGGAAAAGGACACCUUCUCCUGUCCCAAGUGCUCGCGCGUGUUCAAGCACCGCUCAUCGUUACGCAUGCAUCUGCUGAAUCAUGACGGCCAGCUGCCGUACGGUUGCGACAUAUGCAACUGUCGCUUCUACAGCGUGAGCUACCUGGCGCUGCACAAAAAGCGCUACCACGGACCUAACGCUGCCCGCGGUGUGGCGAACGGCACCUCCAUCCCCUGCCUGUACUGUUCGCGCUGGUUUUUGCGCGAAUGUGACCGUUCAAGCCACAUCAAACAGAUGCAUGCGGAUAUGCACGCAAGCAAAGAAUCGGCCGCCGGGUUUAACCAGCUGCUCGAAGACUGCCCCCCGGCGGACAGUGACGGGCUGACCGAUCCGGGCAUACUGCCACCAAACGUGCGCGAACCGAUGAUGGUGAUUAAGGAGGAGGAACCGGAUGCGAAUGACCCGGCACCGACAAGCGCAGCCGCCGCCGACGCAGCCACCGCCACCGACUCCGGCGUGGCUACUGAUCCUGGUGCAUUUCCGUUCUACUGUUACUCAUGCGCCAUGCCCUUCGACACGGAGGACAUGUACUCGGAGCACUUGGACGACCAGCACCCGUUUGGGGGCGAACAGCUGAUGGAUCAGCUGGACGCUUCCUCAGCGAUGGAACAGGACGCGAAGCUGUUCAAGUGUCCCUUUUGUCCGAAAACGUUCACGCGCAAGUGGAGCAUGACCCAGCACAUUCCGUCGCACAUGGCCCGGAAGGGGUAUCAGUGCGAAUACUGUCCAGCCAUCUUCACGCGCAACGAGUACUUGCGCACACAUCGGCAGCGCAAACAUCCGACACUGCCGGAAACGGGUUCGUUUAAAUGUAGCUACUGUCCGCGGAUGUUCCACAUGGCACGGUACAAGAAGGUGCACGAGCGGAUCGCACACAUAAAGAAGGGCGACACGCUGCCGGAAGGGGACGAUACGGAAAGUGAGCUGGCCGCGAUUAACAGCAGCACGGUGGACAAGAUGGACGAGAGCAGCAGCAGCAUGGCGGCGCACGAUCUACACUCCCGUGCGUCGGACAGCUACGAUCAAACGUCCAACGACGCGCACAGUGUGCUGUCCAUGCAGCACUACGCGGACUUGGAGGCGUCGGUGCGGCUCGCCGUGGUGCUGGAACGAUUGCCGGCAAAAAUACUGGACGAAUAUCGAUGGCAGCUGGAGCUGUACGCGACUAUGUCGCCGGAAGAUAGCCAGCUGGAGCUGAUGGAAAUGCCCGAGGACCUGCCGGAUGUGACAUUCGAUGAUGCAGACUUUGACGAUUACGGAGAUGACGAUGGCAUGGAUGAAGGGGGAAGCGGUGCGGGCACUCCGCUGACCCAUGAAGAGUCUAACGAUUCCGGAAAGCAGAUGUUAAAACGCAAGCGCAGCAAGUUCGGCAUCACCCUCCAUCCGUGUCCGCACUGUACGAAAAUGUUUAAAUCUCGCACGGCGCUGCGAAUGCACGCGCUGUACCACAGUGGCGAUUUGCCGCACCGGUGUGACGAGUGUGGCGUUCAGUUUAUGCGUUACAAUCAGCUGGAUUACCACAAGACCAAAUAUCAUGGUGCCAACAGUGCGACAAUGGCCGCCCGCUACAGCUGCGACUACUGUCCGCGCAUUUUCCUGCGCAAACAGGAUCGUACCACGCACCAGAUGAUGGUGCACGCGCGCGAUCAGGCGGAAUCGAUCGACGCAUCGCCCGCGCUCGCGAUGAUGAAGAAAUCGAAACGAAAGGACUACGUGUGCCGGGUGUGCGACGCGGACUUUGAGAAGUAUCGGCGGUGUGUGCGGCACAUCGCCUUACAUCACUUGGGGGCGGACGGUGAGCCGGAAUGUAAACCGAUCAAGCUGUGCCACUGCAGCAUCUGUACGGGCAUCUACAAGAAGCGCGAAGAUUGGCACGAGCAUCUGAGCGACCAUCCGAGCGUGAGGCCGCAUCACUGCGAACAGUGCAUUCGGAGGCGAAGGAAAGCUUCCAGCCGGAAGCAGGUGCACCGCUGCACGCACUGUCCGAAGGCGUUCGAACACAAGCCCAACCUGGCGUCGCACUUGCGCAUACACAUGCAGCAGCUACGGUUUCCCUGCAGCGAGUGUGGCGUCAUGUACGAUCGGUAUCGCGAUCUGCUGACGCACCAGAGCCGUUAUCACUCGGAAAAUCCAUCCGAUGCGGUUGGCCGUGAACCGCUGCAAAGGUGCAACUUUUGUCCGAGAGUGUUCACGCGCCUGCGUGACGUCAAGUACCAUCAGGAGCAGGUGCAUGCCGAUCGGAUAGUGCCUCCGACCACCGUGGAGGAUAACAAUGGGCCGGAAGCACUGGGGGACGAAGGGCUGCUAACGUUCGGCUUCGGCCCGGAAAUGUUUCCUGAGACUAGCCUGCAGGAAGAGCCGCCCAUCGAAGGGGCUGGCGAUGGUGGCGGUGGCGGUGGCGUCGGCAACGUUGGCAUCGGCGAACUGCCAAUAAAACCUGACCCAGAUCAGCAAGACCUCACGACAUCACAGUAAGAUUGUAGUUUAGCGCCAUCGUUUAAGGUGCGAAUUGAAUGGCAUAUACUAUCCCAAUGAUUUAUCUAUCUCCAUAACACGUCGAAAGGGAAGCGUCUUGUGGCCCAGAAAACCACUUGCUUCCUCUAGAACUAGCAACUACCAUUAGAAAUAGUGCUCUCCCGUUUUUAUCAAUCAUUUUGACUUGGUGCAAACGUGCACCGUACUACGGCUCGGAACAUAAGAUUCGACACAUUCGCUGGCCACACUCAGCACGACUAGACAGCAAUAAACAAGACGUGUAAUGACUACCCUCCUAUCGCCAGGUAUCGAACUUUCGUGCGUUGAUCAAAGCAGAUCACUGCAAUAAUCUAUGUCGACAUAGUUUUGCUUUCAACGAUAUUAGUAGAAAUAAAACCAACAAAAGACACACUGAGAGGAAAA